AUAGUCAAUUGUUGUUGUACCAUCCGUCGUCAGGUAACGCCAUCGAUUUUAUUUAUUCUUUGGCUGACCGUGGUGACUUCCACAGCUCGGAAAAAAAUCGGAAUAUUUUGCAUUGUAGUGUUCGUUUUUCAAAUUUAUUUGUGUACUAUGAUAGUGUUUCAUCAACAGAUAAUUAAAUAAAAAUGGCGGCCAUUCUGCCUACUGGAUUGCGAAAUGGGAUCAAAGGGUUGGACGCGAACAGAUAUGCGACGAAGAAGACGGUGGCGCAGGGCAUGCUGGACAUUGCUCUGCUGACAUCCAACGCGUCGCAGCUGAAGUACGUCCUACAAGUUGGUCCCAAGCACGAGUUCUACACCCUACUAGUCGUCCUCAUCUCUAUAUCUAUCGUUCUUCAGGUGAUUUCAGCAGUAGUAGCAGUAGUGCUCAGCUUUAUUUUCAACAUCAACCAUCAGCCUGACCAUCGGAAAGCCGAAUUAUUGAACAAUAUAAGUUUGAUAUUCAAAGUAUUCAGUAUUACUAUCAAUAUUAUCAUCAGCAUAUUUUAUUCAAUGCAAAUCGACAGUGAUGCAGCACGCUUGCUUACUCAGACUUAAUUUUUUUAUCAUUACGUUUGUCGCAAAUUGAUACUCUAAUUAUUGAAGUAUUUAUUUGUCUAUGGAUACGAAAUUACCGUUUUGUACACAUAAAAAAGUGUGCCUGGGAAAUCUUAAUUUCAAAUUAAUUAUAAUUUUUUUGUUUCUUAAGAAACAGUAAUUUCAUAAAAAAUACAGUUAUUCUUUUAGUAUUUUGUAUAAAUAGCGACCCACUAGAUUAUUUUCAUUACUUGAAUCUCAGUUCCAACUAUAAAAUUAUUUAUAUUUUAAAAUUAUAUAAAUUAUAUAUACGAAAUAUUAUAAAUAAACAUAGGUAAUCACUCUGAAUAACUUAAGUAUGUAGGUAAGUACGAUUCCUGUCGUAAGAAGGGAAAUAGUAGGUAAAUAUGUAGAUAUGUAGAGGUAU